AUGAUUAAUCAAGUAAUAGCAGCACCCUCUAUUGAUUCUCCAGAAAGAAAAUUUAAGAUAAUAAAUAAUAUAGGUUUCGGUUCUCAAGGAGAGAUUUAUUAAGUAGAAGCAAUUAAUUGGAAAAAUAAUUCAUCUUAUUAAUAUGCCCUAAAGAAAUAAUAGGGUUGCAGUUAACACGAAAUCUAAGCUAUCUAAAGGAUAAUUGAGUAUUAAUAGAAUUCUGAAGUUAAUUGGUCAACUUAUUAAUCAUCUUAAUUGAUAAGAAUUUUCGAUUUGUUUAAAUUGAAGGAAGAUGUAUAUCUAGUAAUGGAAUUAGGAGAAUAGGACCUUCAUUAAUAUUUGGUUUAAUAAUAAAUGUUACCUUUAGACUAGAAACAUAAAAUUAUGAAGCAAGUAUUCUUUAUUAACUAAUUAGUUAUGCUUUUCUUUAUAAUUUGUUCAUUAAUAUUUAUUAUCAAUUCAUAGAGAUAUCAAGCCAGAAAAUUUUAUAAAAGUAGGAGAUUAAUUCAAAUUGAUUGAUUUUGGCACAGUGAGAUUAAAUACAUUUGAUAAAAAAACAAUUUAAAUUGGAACCGUCUUAUAUUAAGCACCUGAGAUGAUUUUAGGAAAUUCAGACUACACUUAUGCAGUUGAUAUUUGGUCACUAGGUUGUGUAUUAUAUGAAUUUUUUAGCCUAGAACCAUUAUUUUAAGGUAUUAAUUUUAUAAAAAUUUUAGGAAAAAAUCUAUAAGAAGUAAGAAAAAAAAUUAUUGAAUGUCAAAGUAAUUAGAAUUACAUACUUGAAAAAAUAAAAUAACUUUAAGUUUGUGAUGCAUUCAAAAAUCUUUUAAUUUUAAUUCUUUAACCAAAUCCUAAUAAGAGAUUGAGAAUUGAUUAAAUCAUAUAUUAGCUUAAUGAUUUUUCCAUAACUGGACCAUUUCUUAAUAAAUUCUCACCUUAAAAUCCUUAAAAUUAAAAUUAAAAUUAAAAUUCUCAAUUAAGUAAUAUAAGGUUUUAAACAAGUGCUUCUAAUAAUUAAUUCUAACCUGCUUAAUUAAUAAAAUUCUUACAAGAUUUUUAAUAGUAAUUUGAAAACUAAUAAAAAGAACAAAAAGUUUUUUAACAGGAGAUUUUGACUACUUUAAAAGAUUAAAAAAAAGAAUAAGAAUAGAGUACGUCUCAAAUUGUGACUCAAGAAUUUAAAAAUUUAAAAAAUAAAUUUAAAACUAAUUUUGAAUCUUUAAAAACGGAAUUAUCUGAGCGUAUAGAUUAAAUAAAUAAAGACUCAAUUAUUAUUAAAGAAUAGAAAAAAUAAUUAGAUGAUUUACAGGAGAAUAAAGCUUAAUAUGAAUAAAAAGAAUUAGAAAUGAAUUAGAAAAUUUAAGAAUUAACAUUACAAAUUUAAGAUCUAAAUAAUCAAAUUUUGUUUUUAAAAGAUAGUGAAUAGAAUUUACUUAAAAAAAUUGAAGUUAAAGAAUCAGAAUUUAAAUAAAAAUACGAUAAUCUAGAAUUAAAGUUAGUUUAAGAAAUUUAAAAAAAAUAGAAUUAAAUUGAAUUAUUAUAAAAAAGCAAUUAAACUCUAGAAGAUAAAUUAUAAACAAAUGAAAAUUAAUCUAUAAAAAACAAUUAUUAAUACCAAUAAACAGUAUAUUAAUAUUAAUGUUCAAUUUAACAGUUAUAAUAAUAAAUAUGGUAAAAUUAAACUCCCAUGUAUGCAUAAUCUACAAUUAAUAUCAGAAAAAAUUAAUAAAUGAACUAUCCUGAAUUACCAAACAACAAUCCAAUGUUUUAUUAAUAAAUCUAAGAAUUAUAAAAAAAUUUAUAAGAAUUGCAAUAAGAAAAUUCUAUUUUAAAGAAUAGAAUCAAAUAUUAUGAAAACAACAUAAAUUAAGGUUUUGAUUUUAAAUUUUAAAAUGAAAUUGCAGAAUUCAGGAAAUAAUUAUAAACUUUCACCAAUUAAAAUCUCAAUUUCUAAAUCAAAAAUGAAUCUAAUAAAAUUUACUAUUUUUUUGACUAAAUUGAAAAUUAAAUAUUUACAUGCUUUGAAAAUCAAAUAUCAAACUUAUAUAAUUUGCUUGAGUUGAUUUUCACACUAAAUUAACAAUCAUAAGGAAAUAAUUAAGAUUUGUAGAAUAUUUAAGAAAAGGUAAAACAAUUUUAAGAUUAAAUAUAAUCAACUAAAGAUUAGUUAAAUAAAAAUAGAUAAUAAGCUCCUUUGUCUAAAAGUCCUAUAAAACUUGAUUCUAAUCCUCAUUAAUCAUGA